GGUGAAGCAGAAGAAGGCCCCCCAUCUCCACUCUCGCUCACAUAUCAUUUUCAAUUUUCACAAUUGCAUCGCUGCCACUAUACUCCUAACGGCAAUCACAGCCACAAUCACCACUUUCCUUUUAUCUAUAUAACUAAUCCUUCUUCCCUCCACUUAUAUUGCCGAUAUCGACUCCCACUCCAUUUGCUCCCAUACCCAGAUCCCAAUUUCCUCAUUGCUUCGUGUAAUCAAAUACUCAUAUCGAAUAUCUCAGAGAACAGAGAUAUAUCGUCGUUCCAGGCCCUUUUUUUCCUCCUUUUUUAGGGACCCAAGUCUGCUUUUGGUGUUUUUGGGUUAAGUGUGGAAGUUUUGUUUUUCAGAGAGAGGUGUUCUUGGGGGUAAUACCCAGGGUUGACAAGUUGUAGACAUCACGGCUAUACACCGAGUACCUCCGCCUCUAAUACAUGUCCUUGCUGUACGAUGCAAGGGUUGUGUGAUAGAGAGCAAUCCUUCGCCGCACGGUGGACGUGGUGCUUUGCCUUCCGAAGGCGGUAGCCCUUCCGACCUCCUCUUCCUUGCUGGUGGUGGUUCCUUCCUUUCCUUUGUCUUUUAGGUUUAGUAUAUAUUUAUAUAAAUCAAGUUGUAAUCUGUAAGCGCAAUAAGAGUAGUUAGAACUUUUAUCUCGAUUAGGCAACUUUAUUGGGACUGGGUUGUUUUUGGAAUUUUAAGCAAAGAUGAGUGACAACUUCAUGUUGAGGAUCAAGAGGGUUCCUACUCUUGUAUCGAAUUUCCAGAAGGAGGCGGAAGAGGGUGCUAGCCGGAGUGGGGGCUGUGGCCGCAAUUGCCUUCAGAAGUGCUGCAUUCAAGGGGCAAAGCUUCCUUUAUACGCUUUCAAGAAACUGAACAAGAUUGUUAGAGAGAAGGAGGUGCUUGAACAUGAGAACAAUGAGCCUCCCGUUGCAUUCCUCGAGACUCUUCUUCUUGGGGAGUGGGAGGACCGUAUGCAGAGAGGGCUUUUUCGUUAUGAUGUCACUGCCUGUGAAACCAAGGUGAUUCCUGGUCAGUAUGGUUUCAUCGCCCAGUUGAAUGAGGGUCGCCACUUGAAGAAGAGGCCAACUGAAUUCCGUGUUGACAAGGUCCUCCAGCCUUUUGAUGGGAACAAAUUCAACUUCACUAAAGUUGGGCAAGAAGAGGUGCUCUUCCAAUUUGAACCAAGUGAAAAUGGUGAAGUUCAGUUCUUCCCAAGUGCCUCCAUUGAUGUUGAUAAUUCAACAAGUGUGGUUGCUAUUAAUGUUAGUCCUAUUGAGUAUGGGCAUGUGCUGUUGAUCCCGCGUAUUCUGGAGUGCUUGCCCCAGAGGAUCGAUCGUGAGAGUUUCCUGCUUGCUCUUUACAUGGCAGCUGAAGCUGCAAAUCCAUACUUCCGUUUGGGUUACAAUAGCUUGGGUGCAUUUGCUACCAUAAACCACCUUCACUUCCAGGCUUACUAUUUGGCUGUCCAAUUUCCCAUCGAGAAGGCACCCACUAAGAAGAUAACCACUUUGGACAGUGGAGUGAAAAUCUCUGAGCUAGUGAAUUACCCUGUUAGAAGUCUUCUAUUUGAGGGGGGCAAUACUCUGCAAGAUUUAUCCAACACAGUCUCGGAUGCUUGCAUUUGCCUUCAAGAUAAUAGCAUACCUUACAAUGUGCUCAUAUCUGAUUGUGGAAACCGCAUCUUUCUUUUGCCACAGUGUUAUGCUGAGAAACAAGCUCUGGGGGAAGUGAGUCCUGAACUUCUUCAUACCCAAGUGAACCCAGCUGUGUGGGAAAUCAGUGGCCAUAUGGUGUUAAAGAGGAAGGAGGACUAUGAGGGCGCGUCUGAGGAGAAUGCUUGGAGGCUACUUGCCGAGGUUUCCCUAUCUGAAGCAAGAUUUGAGGAAGUGAACGCUCUCAUCUUUGAAGCCAUUUCCUGCAGCCAUAGUGGCAGUGAGAAUGAUGCUCAGGCGGUUCAGGAUACAAAUGUCAACAACUCUCUUGAAGAAGUGGAUGCUAUUAACAAGGGCUCUCACCGUGCUAGUGUGACUGGAACUCAAGAAUGCCUAGUUCAGCAGUAAAAGCAGGCGCGGCGUGUCAUGUGGCUGUAGCCUAAAUAAGCAAACUAGGUUUGCAUUGUUGUCGUACCAAUUAAUCUUUGUGUUUUGGACACUAUUUUCCUACUGUGUUUUCAGCAAUGCUUUAUAUGUACGUACUAUGUUGGAUUGUGUAAUAUGCUAUGGAUGCCUGCUAUCAGGAAGCAGUUUAUGUAAUAAUGCCUGUUUUCUUGGUCA